GUCCCUUUUGAGCGGUAAAAAUUCGACGGUGAAGAUCCUUGCUUUUGGAAUCAGGUUUUUAAUAUCUGCCACUGUACCAACAACAGACGUCUUUUCUUUCAAUAAAUUACUUAUUGCCCAUAUAAACGUGCUAAUAUUCAUAUUUAAAUCAGCAAUUAAUGAUGUCAGGCCAGUCACAACGUGGGAAGGCAAAGUCUUUGCGAGCUCGCAAUCAGCGUAUGUCAAUACCACCAAUUAACUCUUCUCGUGUGGCGCAUGUACAGAAUUCUUCAGAUGACAACUUGGGCAUUUACGCCAAUAUUAGGCUCACGUAUAUUCUUGGACGUCAUGUUAUUGGUAACGUGGGAGAGAUCACAACUACUGAAGACGAUCGUGUUCUCGGAGUAAUAAAAGCUGUCUCUCCUUCUGCUGAUCUUGGUAUAACAUGUGCUCAAAUUGCUCAGAAAAAUGACAAAAGUAGCCGCAAAAACGUGCCUAACAAAAUUGUUCACUGGACAGAAAUUAAAAUGGUUCAGAUACCCAAUGUUUGGAAAUCAGACUGCUUAAUCGAUGAUAUAAAAACUGACAGCGAGAUUGCAAAAGACUGUUCUGUUAACAACCAUGUAUCAGACAAAGAACUGGUGCCAUAUUUCGCCUCGUCUGAUAAUGUUAAAGAUUGUCUACUCGAUCAGGGAAGUUUCACUGCAAUGGAAAUGUUUGAAACGAAUGAAAAAAUGUUUUCAGUUUUUUCCACAUACAAUGCCGAUCUCCGAGAGUAUACGACACCUGUUGACCGGUCCGCUCCAAAUUUCUCAGAAACCGAGGCGCGGUGUGCAAAGUUGGCACAAGAUAUCACAGAAAACUCUUCAGGGAUUGGUCUUAUGGAUAAUGAAGAUAUUGGAAUGGACAACGAAGAGGAACAAUUUAGUGCUGUUAAGCGCGUUGACACAGUCCCUAAUUCAACACGAAACGCUAAAAACAAUUCCCGGCCAAGUCUAACUCCCCAAACAGAAACUGCAGUCAAUUGCCUUGGCGAUCAACUUUCGCAAGUCUGUAUUCAGUCGAGUAAGCCCAGUCAUACUGAAGCUGUCCGUGUAAGUAUAUCUGUUGGAGAUGCAUUAAAAUCGGACGUUGGUCCACAAGUUAAUGGAAUAUCUAGAACUAACAAUCAAACUGAUAAGGAUAAGGUUAAACAAUGCCCUGAUCAGCCAAUUAAAGUGUCAACAUCUGCUUGUGUGUGCACAUCAGCAUCACUUUUAAAGACCAACGUCGUAGACGCACCUGUAUCAUCUGCUAGCAAACCAAUCAGUACUGAAGAACGUGUAAAAAAAUCGACACUAGAUCCCAAUGCCCCGGAAUUUCAACCGAUGUGUUUAUCCUAUACUUCACAUUCUGCUGUUAGCCUGCCUCACACUCUGCAAUCUAAUUUACCUACAUUGAAUAUGCAAAUUCCACACUAUGUAUCAACUGUUAAUGUUAUCUCUCAAUCUUCUCAAGUCCCCGCGCAAGCUACGCUUAUAGCUGCGAAUCAGCAUAUGUAUGCCCCUUUUUCCUAUGGCCACCAUACUCAUAUCCAACAACUUCUACCUACUCCUGUAUGUUCCAAUGGACCUGGAACAACCCCUCAUAACGUCCGGGGUAGUACUUUACCUCCGUCCGUCAAUCAGCAAAACUACAUCGCUCAUAGUAAUAAUAUGAUGCAUCAGCUGGGUCAGAAUGCUACACUAGGGCAGAUUAUUACGGCUCCUCAGGUGAAUACUGGUCAUAACUCCUCAAGUCGCCUUUCAGCUUGCCCUUCAUCAUCCGUCAACUUCACUCGCCAACGUUCCAAUGACUCCCCAUCUUCGGUAGCGCACUGUACAUCGUAUGCUAUUCAACAGCCUACUAUGUCCAUUCCCACUUUUCAGUCACAAGCAGUAUACCAGCUACCUCAACCAAAUGGUACGUUCCCAUUUUUAGUUUCCAGUCAUCCCCCAGUUGGGCUACAGUUUCUUCCUGGUCUGCCAGCUGCUGUUAGUUCCGGUUUGAUGAUGGGUAGUGUCCAUGUAUCUCAACCUAGUCAACAAAUAUGCCCGACUCAUACCAUUAUGCAGAUGCAACCUGCACACCUACAAGUCCCUGUCGGACAGCCUGAUCAGAUUACUCCGACAAGUACACUUCAGCAAACCUCCCAAUCUCAGCACAUCUUCUCCCAGCAUUUUCAAGAUCAUUCCCAUCCUAUCCAAAUUCCUUCAUAUGCAAAUCUGCCAGCUCCGUACCAACACAAUUUAAUGUUUGCUCCUCAGCAGGGUUCUCCUGGGUUUUACCCAGGAGCAUCUGCGAUGAUUGCGACACCGGGAGUUAAUCACAUUGCUUCUGGUUUAUCGCCCAUUGUUGGCCAACCCAAUCCCCAUUCACUAGGUGCGAGCGUAUCAAAUCAGUCAAACCAAUCCGACUCUGCUUUAAUCACAUCUCAGCAGUUACAGCAAACUCAUAUGAUGUCCCAACCAAAUUGUCAACCACAACAAUUGUUACAACAUUACCCAGCAAUCGCUCAAGCUCAACUGUUGCAAGCACAUCAACUUUCCGCUGCUCAACAUUUAGGCGGUCAGCAUCUUCCUAACAAUCACACAUACCACGCACUAAUGGCAGCAAUGGCCGCUGGUAGCGGAGUAGGAGCUACACAAGCUCAUUAGUUUGGUGUCUUAUGGUCCUGCUGUUGUGUGACAAGUUGAUUCGAAGAUGAAUUUUGACAUUCUGUAAACUACCCGAUGCCUUUCAUUUCGGACUCUAAUAUUUCAAGGUCUCUCAAGUAGUGCUUCAUCAAACUGAUCUCCAAAAUUAUGCAGGUGUAAUCUUGAGUCUUGGCACCUCUUCCUGUUUCUUCUAUUCGACUGCAGGGUGUUGACAGUGAAUCCUAAACUACUGUAGAUGAUUCUGCCCAAACACUGUAAAGAUCGCUUGUAUGCACAACGUUUAGUGAGAUAUAAAUUAUUGCUGAGCAAA